AUGCAGCGCCUCUGCCUCUGCCUGCUGGCGUCCAUCGCCCUUGCGUCCGAUGUGACUCCCGUGCAGAAGGUGGUCCAGAUGUUAGAGACCAUGAAGGAGAAAGGCACCAAAGAAAUGAACGAGGAGCAGGUGCAGUAUGCCAAGUUCGAAGAAUUCUGCAAAGGAACUUUGGCCGAGAAAGGCGCCUCGAUUACCUCGGCGGCGGAUCAGAUCGAAACCCUGGAGGCGGAGAUCGAGUCGGCGACCUCUGAAGCAGCCCGCCUGGCGGAGGAGAUCGGCGGCCACGCGGCGGACAUCGAGGCGGCCAGCAAGGAGAAGCAGAACGCCACGGAGCUCCGGGAGACGACGCGGAGCGACUUUGUGGCGACCCUGAAGGACUACACCGAGUCCAUUGAUGCGGUGGGGCGUGCCUUGAAGGUCUUGAAGGCCGAGAAGAAGUCCAGCAGUUUCUUGGAGUUGCAGGCCGUGCGUGACCUGAAGACUUUGCCCAUCUCUGCCGCUGACAGCUUGGACGCCUAUAUCAAGGGCAGCAGUUUGAUUGAGGCGGCCCCUGAAGCCAAGACCUACGAGUUCCAAUCCGGCGGUGUGAUCAGCAUGCUCGAGGGCUUGCAGGACAAGUUUGUGGACGAGCGCGUGAGCUUGGAAAAGGAAGAGGCCAAGAAGAGGCACAGCUAUGAGAUGUUGGUGCAAAGCUUGGAUGCGCAGCUGGCGCAGUCCAAGAAGGAUCAGGAUGCCAAAGUCCAGUUCAAGGCCAAGAAGCUUCAGGCUAAGGCCUCGGCAGAAGGGGAUUUGGACGAGACGAAGACUGAAAAGGCCUCGGAUGAGAAAUAUGCCAAGGAUCUCAAGGCCACCUGUAGUAAGAAGGCUGCCGCCUUCGAUGAGCGCCAGAAGUUGCGGAAAGAGGAGCUUGAGGCCCUCACCAAGGCCCAGGACAUCAUCAGCAGCGGCGCCGUGGCUGGCAGUGCGGAGAAGCACCUGCCCGGCCUGGUGCAGACGGCCACAUCCCUGGCCUUCCUCCGGUCCUUCUCUGCGCGCCCGGAGCAACUGGAGCAGGUCACCCGCUUCCUCCAGCAGCGCGCGGAAUCUUUGAAGAGCCGCGUGUUGUCGGCCACGGCGGAGCGAGCUGCGGCGGAUCCCAUUGCUAAGGUGAAGACGAUGAUCGAACAGCUGAUUGUGAAGAUGCAGGACCAGGCGAAUGAGGAGGCCACCAAGCACGGCUGGUGCCAAGCAGAGUUGGCGAGUAACAAAGCCAUGAGGGAAGAGAAGACUGACCAGGUGGACUCCCUGCAAUCGGAGAUCGAGGAGUUGAGCUCUUCCAUCGCCAAGCUGGGUGAGGAGGCCGUGACCCUGAACGAGGAGCUGACCCAGUUGACCACUGCCAUGGCCAACGCCUCCGAAAUCCGCCAAAAGGAGAAGCAAAAGAACGCUGACACCGUGAGGGAUGCCAAGGAGGCGCAGGAGGCUGUUGCUCAGGCCCUUCAGGUCCUGAAAGAGUUCUACGCCAAGGCAGGUGCAGCCACCUCCUUCUUGCAGACGAAGACCACGGAAGCCGUGCCCGAGACCUUCUCGGAACCGUACACCGGAAUGGGCGGAGAGAGCGGCGGUGUUCUUGGCAUGAUGGAGGUCAUCGCUAGCGACUUCGCGCGGCUGCAGGCGGAGACGCAGGCUGCGGAGGAAGCGGCCAAGGCCGAGUACGAGGAGUUCAUGGAGGAUUCCAAGGUGGACAAGGCCACCAAGAGCAAGACUGCCGAGCAUAAGGAGAGCAAGAAGCUGAGCAAGAGCCAGGAGUUGAUGGCCACAGAGACAGAUCUUCAGGGCACGCAGAAAGAACUGGAUGCGGCCAAUGCCUACCUUGAGAAGCUGAAGCCAGACUGCUUGGACACCGGUGCCUCCUACGCCGAGAGGAAGGCGCAACGAGAGGAGGAGCUGAAGGAUCUCGAGACCGCGCUGAAGAUGUUGGAGACCGUGUAGUUGCUACGGUGCUACGCAAAGGUCGAGGUCUUGGAAGAUGCUGGAGGAUUUUUCACAUGAAAAUUGGAUGAAAUUUGUUUUUGAACCAAUGGAAACUGGGAAGGUUCAUCAAUGAAGAGUGGGGAAUUCGAAUCAUAACCAAAAUUGAGGCUUGAACUGGGAUUGAAAAUGGGAUUGAAACUGAGAAUGAUGGUUAAAUAACAUGAUUUACUGUCGCUUUUUAAUGGGAAACUGGGAUUGAAACUGGGAUGGAUGAUGUGGAUUCGCUGGAUUCGCGGAGCGAGUCGACCGGGGAUAUGAUGCCCUACUGAGGUCUCAAGAUUUCACCCAAAAUUGGAGGAUUUCAAGCCAAAGAAAUGUGGAAUUUCACCAAUGUUGGGUUGAUGCUUGUGGUACUGGUAGUACUGGUGGUACUGGUGGUAGGGAUUGAUCCAGACUAUCAGCUCGUCUGCAGGAAUCCUACGUGGCCUGUGAAAAUUUGCAAACAUUGGGGUUUCACUUUGAGGCAACCCAGAAAUAUGAUGAAAUAUGAGGAUUCAACCAAUUCAACCCGUUCUUUUCUUUGUAAAACAACUCGCAGAAUUGUGGAUUUCGCAGAUGAACAUUCGUUUUUUUACCCAAUAGAAACUGGGAUGUCAUCAGACCUACCAGUACAGACGGUGAUUUAACACCAAAAUAGAAAUAUAUUGAGCCAACACAAAAUGGGGUCGAUGGAUUGAUUUCCGUUUGUUGAUGGUUUCGUUUGGGAUUGUAGUAGGCUGAAACUCAGUUUCAUUGGGAUUUGUUUUAAUCUCAGUAAAAAUCCACAGCUAUCCACAGCUUUUAACCAAAAACAUGUUUCACCACCGAAAGCCCUUCACCUCACCCAAAAAAGGGCGCUUUGACCAAUGCAGAUUUAUGGAGAACUCUCCCUAUAGCGUCAAAAAGCUUCAACCCCCUAGUGCUCCAAAUACCAUUGGAGAAGGUGUUUGGACCCCUAAAAACUAACCGCAAGGCACAUGCCGCAACUAUGUGCGUGUCUGAAAAUCAGGGAUACCCCCCCCCAUUUUGGAGAGAAAAUGAUGAUUCACCAGCAACUUUUCGGGCAUCCUAUUUGAAGACACACCCAUACACUCUUCUCGUGCCAAGGCUUGGCUGCUUGGCCCAGUGCCGAUUCGCUGACUCGACACAACUGCACCCGCUAUGGGCAGUCCAAAAAAA